AUGAACACUGGGACGUUAUCUGUUUGGGUCCUCUCGAUGAUUCUCGUGGGUUGGGCCACGACGGAGGCCCAAACACCUCCGCCGCCUUCGGUGACGGCCGCAACCUUGCUCCAAGUGGCCUCUUCUCUCCAGAUGUAUGUCGAUGAACUCCCACAGAUCCCCAAGCUCUUCGGUUACACCAUGGUCAACGGAGUGCCUCGACCUACCAAUCUCACCAUUGGCAUGUACGAGACAACAUGGAAAUUCCAUCGUGAUUUACCCGCCACUACUGUAUUUGCAUACGGUACAUCGGCAGCGAAAGCCACCGUACCCGGCCCCACCAUUGAGGCCAUCCAAAAUGUGCCUACGUACGUGACAUGGCAGAACUUCCUCCCUCGAUCCCACAUCCUCCCGUGGGAUCCGACCAUCCCAACGGCCAUCCCCAAGAACGGGGGCGUCCCAACCGUGGUGCAUCUACACGGCGGGAUCAGCCCGCCGCAGUCGGACGGCCACACGUUGGCCUGGUUCACCGCCAAUUUCGCCGAGACGGGGCCCACGUGGACCCAGAAAACCUACACCUAUCCGAACACGCAGCACGCCGGCAACCUCUGGUACCACGACCACGCCUUGGGACUAACGCGUGUCAACCUCUUGGCCGGCCUGAUCGCGCCUUACAUUAUAAGGAACAUCUCCCUGGACGCCAGGUUGAACCUCCCUCUCGGUCCUAUGUUUGACCGCGUCCUCAUGAUCUUUGACCGAAGCUUCAACAAGGACGGUUCACUAUACAUGAACUCCACCGGAGAUAACCCCACCAUCCAUCCCCAGUGGCAGCCGGAGUACUUCGGCGACGCUGUCAUAGUCAACGGCAAGGCCUGGCCGUACCUCCAAGUCCAGCGCAGAAGGUACAGGUUCCGCAUAAUCAACACGUCCAACGCCAGGUACUACCACCUCUCCUUGACCAACAAUUUGACUUUCACCCAGAUCGGGUCGGAUGGGUCUUACCUCCCGAACCCGGUGGACACCCAGACGAUACUGUUGGGCCCAUCCGAGGGUGCCGACGUGGUGGUCGACUUCUCCAAGACAGCAGCGAAUGAGAUCAUCCUAACCAACGACGCGCCGUACGCAUACCCGUCCGGCAAUCCAGUGGAUCAGCUAAACAGUAAGGUCAUGAAAUUAAUCAUCCAACCCGGGCCUCCGUGCCAAACUGACCAUUCCCAUGUCCCUCCGAAGCUAAAAACUUACCCGGUAGCCUCAAAUGCCAUCGGCAUGGCCCACACCACCCGGUACAUUACACUCUAUGAGUACCUAACUCCGGCCGGCACUUCAACCCAUCUGUAUAUAAACGGUUUGAGAUUCGAGGACCCGGUCACGGAGACUCCGAGAGUUGGGUCCACGGAGAUCUGGGAGGUGAUCAACUUGACGGGGGAUAACCACCCGUUUCACAUGCACUUGGCUGCAUUCCAGGCCGUGAAGAUCCAGCAGCUGGUGGACCUGGCCGGGUUCACCUCGUGCAUGACCCAGCUGAACAAUGCCAUCUCGUGCAACAUCACGGGCCAUGCGACGGGCCCGCUGGUGGACGUGCCGCUCACAGAGAGGACAUGGAAGAACGUGGUGAAGAUGGCGCCCGGGUACAAGACGACGCUCGUGGUGCAGUUCUUCGUGGUUGACGACGAGUACACAAUGUACCCGUUCGACGCGACUGCGGAGCCUGGUUACGUUUAUCACUGCCACAUUCUUGAUCACGAAGACAAUGCGAUGAUCCGUCCUAUGAAGCUCGUUCACUGA